AUGGCUGAGGAAUUUAAAAAACAAGUGAAAACCAUUGGACAGCAUCCUCAUUAUCAACCUGCUUUUAAGAGUAUCAAGAUGGGAAUUGCUCAACAACAUAUUGAAAUGAAAUUGAAACAAGGAGGAAUCAAUAUCGAGCCAUUGACAUGGAAUUUUGAUGAGCCCAUUAGUGGACAUGAAGAUGAAUUAGAUUUUCAUCCCAUUGUGUUGGAAUGUACAGAAGUUUAUUUGGAUAAUCGAAGUUUUUAUGAUCAUUCAGCAUCACAGGAUUGGAUGAGCCAUUAUCCAGAAAUUGUCAAGCCCUGUCGAUCACUCAAGCCAAAGACUUUUUGUGACAUCCAAAUGAGGAAAUUUGGGAAAAGGCACUUGAAAGUGCAUUAA